AUGAGCAGCGCAGGCUACGACAGACACAUUACCAUCUUCUCCGAUCAGGGUCGCCUCUACCAAGUCGAAUAUGCAUUCAAGGCCAUCACCGCAGCAAACAUCACCUCAGUCGGCGUCCGCGGCAAGGACUGCGCAGUAGUCAUCUCGCAAAAGAAGGUCCCCGACAAGCUCAUCGACCCCUCGUCCGUCUCCUACAUCCACAGACUUUCGCCUUCGGUCGGUUGUGUCAUGACUGGUUCCAUCGCAGAUGCAAGAGCUUCGGUCAUGAGAGCGCGUGGUGAAGCUGCCGAGUUCAGAUACAAGAACGGUUACGAAAUGCCCUGUGAUGUUUUGGCCAAGCGCCUCGCAAACAUCUCUCAGGUCUACACACAAAGACUCUACAAGUGCGAUCCCGCAGGUUACUUUGUUGGUUACAAGGCCACCGCAUCAGGUCCCAAGGCACAAGAAGCCAUGAACCACCUCGAGAAGAAGCUGCGAAACAAGAACUGUGCUGAGGGCAACUGGGAGGAGGUCGUCGAGCUCGCCAUUACCACUCUCAGCACAGUGUUGAGUGUUGACUUCAAGAAGGGUGAGAUCGAAAUUGGCAUCGUCGGUGGUCCCCGUGCCGAUGGCAAGGAGGGCACCACAACCGACUUCAGCACUCUGACCGAAGAACAAAUCGAUGAGCGUCUGCAGUCGAUUGCUGAGAAGGACUGA